AUGCCUGAGCUGGCGGAGGUCUUCCGCAUUGUCCAUUUCAUCCGCCAGCACCUGGUUGGAAAGACCCUGACCAAGGUCUCCGCUCAAGAAGACCCCAUCAUCUAUGGAAAGGUUGGGACCAGUGCGGCCGAGUUCCAGAAAGCGAUGGAGGGCAAAAAGGUCGUUGGGGCCGGACAACAGGGCAAAUAUUUUUGGAUCGCCAUGUCGUCACCCCCCCAUCCCGUCAUGCAUUUCGGCAUGGCGGGCUGGCUGAAGAUUCGCGACGCGGAUACCUAUUACUACCGUACAGACAAACCUGAAGAUAAGGAGUGGCCGCCUAAAUACUGGAAGUUUUUGCUCGAGACCGAUGGGGAGCCCAAGACCGAAGCGGCCUUUGUUGACUUUCGCCGACUGGGCAGGAUCCGACUCGUGGACUGCCCUGCGGACGACAUUCGCAACCAUACCCCGCUGAAAGAGAACGGCCCAGACCCGGUGGUCGAUAAAGACAUUGUGACAGAGACAUGGCUGGCCAACAAGUUGAGGAGCAAGAAAGUUCCUAUCAAGGCUCUCCUCUUAGACCAGGCUAAUAUCAGUGGCAUUGGUAAUUGGAUGGGAGACGAGAUUCUUUACCAUGCAAAGAUACACCCCGAACAGUACAGCAAUACACUGAAUGACGAUCAGAUCAAGGAGCUAAAUUCUGCUAUUCAUUACGUGUGUUCAACUUCGGUAGACUUGCUGGCAGAUUCAGAAAAGUUCCCCGAACAUUGGUUGUUCAAGCAUAGGUGGAGCAAGGGAAAGAAGAAUGUCGCAUCUGCUCUCCCAAAUGGAGACAAAAUCACCUUCAUCACGGUCGGGGGUCGGACCAGUGCUGUUGUUCCGAAUGUGCAGAAGAAGACCGGUCCUGUUGCAAAGGAUGUCAAUGGCAAUGAUACGAAUGGAACCGACAGUGGUACGAAGCGCAAGCGAGCUCCAGCACCAAAAGAAGAAAGCGAUGAAGAGACGAAACCGAAGAAAGCCACAGGAAAGCCACAAGCAAAACCGGCUACGACACCAGUCAAAGAAGAGCAUGACGAAGGAAAGGGUCGGCGACGAUCCAUGCGGAAUAAGAAAUAG